UCAGAUUCCCUGCAAAGACUGUACUAGUGUAUACAUCGGUCAAACUCGUCGGAAAUUCAAAAUCCGCCUACGUGAACAUAAGAAUGCGGUGGAUAAUGAACGAGCCAGCGAAUCAAGUGUGGCAGCACAUGCUUUAACUCAAGCCCACUGCGUAGACUGGGAGAAGGCAAAAAUUAUUAGAAAUGUACGAAAAGCCUCACAGUUGAAUGCAUGGGAAUCAAUGUACAUCUCAACCAGCGAUUCCCCACUUAUGAAUGAAGAAGAUGCACCAAUAUCAUCUCAACUCUUCCAUCUGACGAAGCUGAUAACUCAGCAAACUAUAUCUUCGACAAGUACUGAUAACCGUAUGAAUAUGUGUUAGUGCUCCAUCGUAACCAGUCGGACACCGUCCAGUAGAUGGGCAACAUCGAGCCCGAAACCGGUCGACGAAAAAGGUAAUUUUAACCAUUUUAAUGUUUGUAAGGAUUAUAAGUGUUGUGUCCUAGUUCCGUGUCGCGUCUCGCGAGUGAAUAGUGAUAAAUAUCCUUACGUUAGCACAACCAAAAAUAAGUGAAAUGGAGGCAACUACCUCAAAGUGCUUUCGCCUUUAUGGCCGAUUGGUUACGAAGAAGAAAGUUCUGUUAAUGAGUAUUCAAUUCUUAACACGGUGCAAGAGAAGAGGUUUUAUUCCCAACUUUAUUCAAAUUAAACCCUCAAUAAGUAGUGCAUCCAGUGAAAAGGCAGCCAAACGUGCCCGAGUACUUUGGCUAGCCGAAGAAAUAAGGUGCAAACAUAAAGCGCUGUCCAUUGUCGAAGAACAGCUGUAUUCAUUGCACCUACAGCUGUUGAAGCAAGUUGUUUACCACAGUGCUGUAGAGUGUAUUGUUCAUCGGUGUGUAGAAGGGAACAACGAUUGUUGGCAAACAGUGAUGUGUAAAAUAAGUCGCAAUCUCCAGGGACGUGUAAGGAGAACGAAAGAAAGGCAUCACAAAAAACUACAACAUCUCGCUCUGACGCAGGCGCCACAGAAGCAAUACUCGAGUGACCCACGUCACUAUCGACGCGACAUCCUAGAGUUGGGCAUCUGCCUCGAUCGAUGCCAUCCGUCAACCGAAACUGGCAACCAGACGGAACUGGUGAAAAGGUGUGCCACCGAUAGGGUUCGGCUGAGGUACCAAUUGACGUCAUCCGCACGAAUAUGGAAUUGCGCUUCGUUGGACACAUUCAAUCAACCAAUUGGGAUCCUCGAGACUAUAUUCAUCUUAACCUGUGCUGUGAUUCUGCUGACAGUCGUUACGAGUACAGCGGUUGACUUAGGGUGGAUACAAUUCAAAAAGAAUGUAAUAACUAAUUCCUUUUCGCUGUCUCGGAACCUGGACAAAUUUGGCGCACUCAAUCAUCGAUCGCGACAGGAUUUGAUGUUUCUCGAUGGUAUUCGGGCCAUCACAAUGAUGGUUAUACUCUUAUGUCAUGCAUCGAUUCCGAUGAUUCGUUUUCCGUUGAAGAAUCCCGAAAGCAUUGAGCAGCAAUUCGACAACUUUUGGUUCCCAAUCGCCAUGUCUGGGAAUACUUACACUGUUCAGAUGUUUUUCAUCCUCGGUGGGGUGAUGGUUGCAAUAAGCGUGUUGGAUCAUAUGAAAAAUCAUCCGGAACUGAAAUUGGCUUUCCUCUGGGAAAGAAUCAUGAAUCGUCUGAUACGACUACUUCCGGUGUACGCUUUUGUGAUACUCUUUCAAGCUUCCUGGUAUCAACGGUUGCAAGAUGGCCCCAUCGCCUAUCGCUACAAAGACCACUGUCGGGAAAACUGGUGGACGAAUUUAUUAUUUGUGAAUAAUUACAUCAGAGCGAAUGAGCCGUGCACACAAUUCACUUGGUAUUUGGGGGCGGACUUUCAGCUGUUCCUUCUGGGUACCGUAAUCAUGAUGCUGAUAUGGAGAUUUCCUUCAUUCACUCGUCACAUCAUGGUGGUAAUGGUAGCCUUCGCAUUAAUCGUUCCGGCCGCAGUGAUUUACGUCUACAAACUUGAUGCCACCGUCAUGAUGAUAGUGAGAUACGUUAUAAAUGAGAUUCGUGAUUUGGAAUAUUAUUUGAGAGUCUACAUCACUUUCGAAAGCAACGCAGGUAACUACUUUUUCGGAAUGAUUGCAGGGAUUGUCUGUCACAAUAUCAGUGAGAAUGCAAAAAAGUUGAACAGUGUCAAGAACCUCAAAUCAAUGCUUCUCCUUGCGACAACAUUUUUCAUCGUUAUGAACACAAUGACAGUACUGCUGCCGCGGGAUCAACUCAACGAACACUCCCUGCAAUUGGCCCUUUUCGGCAGUUUAUUAAAAAGCUCCUGGGGCAUUUUGGCAGCGUAUAUCAUACUGUACUUAAAACUCCGACCACAAUCACUCGUCGUUUCCCUCCUGCGACACCCGGUCAUGCUGGUAACCGCUAAGCUCAGCUAUUGUGUUUACGUCGUCCAGUACUCGGUCGUAUACGCCAUCUAUCGCAACGUGACGGCACCUUUGAUGUCCAACGCAUACACAACGAUACUAUUCACCUCUUCCAUCCUGUUCAUCACAUUCCUCGUGAGCUUCCUGCUGCAUGUAUGCAUUGAGAUGCCUUGCAUGAGUUUGUUUAAAGAUUUACUCAACAGGUCGAAGCAAUGGAAAGCGCACUCCGCUCCCAGUAAACAGCAUUCAGCACCUUGCGAAGGUCUGUUCGAAUCCAAAGAAAUCGACAGUAAGGCAACUUGCAACUAAUUAGGAGGGUCACACCCAGAAAUCAAUGGAAAGUGACGUGGUCAUACACUUUUUGGAAUUUUAUAAACAUUAGAUAAGGCAAAACGAUACAAAUUAAUGUAAAUAUAUUUAAUGUUUUUAAUAUUCGAAUAAUUUGAAAUUAAAUUAAAAUUAACGUACACAACUAUUGAA